AUGAGCGCCGUGAGCGGUAAACCGCAUCUCACCUUCUCGGACCUCCAGCUGUCCAUCGACGUUGGGUUCUGGGAGCAACUCCGGCAGCUCAAGCUGACCGAGUGGAGACUGGAGGAGCCGCAUGCUUCCCUGGCCGGCGUUAUCCGCGCCAACGUUUCCGACCGCGUAUUUUUGACUCCAGCAAACCUGGUGCACCUGAGCGCUGGCAGUCUGGGUCCUUCGACGCUCACCCAGGUUGCAGCGGACAACGCUGCCGAUGUUGUGAGCGUGCAGGUGCAAGGGACGGUGAAGAGCUUCAACUUUGCUGAGGAGCUCAAUGCGCUGAAUUUGCGGAACGCACUACUUUCGAUCGUGGCGAAGACAUUGCUGGGGCCUGCUGUGGCGUUGUACGCCAGCGCCGAAGAGGAGGCGGAUGCGUGGGGCAACAUGCCGUUUGCCACCCUUUGCAUGUUCACUUACAUUGAUGCAAAGGCGUACAGCUUUUUUCACUGGGAGGCUUUCCCGUCCACUGCCAUCGAGAGCGCUGUACUAGUUGACUGUCUAGUGCUCGGUGCAUCGCCUGCGCUUCCGUUUUCCGCUGACGCUGCGCAAGCGAUGCAUCGCCACGGGACAAGCCUGCUCCGUCAGAAACCUGAGCGGGCCUGCAACCCGUUUCUGGCUGUCUGUACCAACGACAGCGUAGAGUUCAUCUCUUUCUCGCCAACCGCCUUUGUCACUGCCACUGCAACGAAGGGUGACAGUGUUGUCGUGUGCUUGUUCGACUUUUCCGACGCCGUGGGGAGCAUUAGUCUUCCGGUGCGGAACGUGAUCACGUGCCUACGACUUGCGGUGCCGUCCCUCACCACCCUCCGUCUCUACGCGCUGCGGUCUGGAGGCACGGAGAAGAGUGUAUUUGUGAAGCUCGAGUUCGACGCCAUCGAGGAGUCGCUUGUUACUUCUCUCCGAGAGCGGCUGACGGGCGCGUCGUUCGCCGACCUGGCGCGCGUAAAGUGGAAGGAGGAGUUUCCCUCUCUCAAGGCCUCAGGGUGGCGCAAGAAGAAGAUCGAGAGCCUGGACCUGGGGGCCUUUAUUAACCCCGUCCAGCGGGCUGACAGCGAUUCUCGCUUUAACCUCGAACUUAUGAAGUGGCGCGUGUUGCCGUCACUGGCGUUAGAUCAGAUUGCCAGGUGCAAAGCGCUUCUUCUUGGUACUGGCACCCUGGGCUGCAACGUGGCACGAAAUCUGCUGAUGUGGGGAGUCCGUGACCUCACCCUGGUCGACCGUGGCCGUGUCUCCUUCUCAAACUUGGCGCGGCAGUCGUUGUUCACCUUCGAGGCAGCGAAAGACGGCAAGACUAAGGUGGACGCAGCUGCCGAGGCAAUUCGCGCCAUCAUCCCAUCUGCGGUGGUACGGCCGGUUCCUUUGACCAUCCACAUGCCAGGGCAUCGCAUCGAUGAGGCGAAGGCGGAUAAGGCGCUGGGCGAAAUUCACCGACUGGAAGAGCUCAUCGCCGAGAGCGACGUUGUGUUUCUCCUCACCGACUCGCGCGAGGCUCGCUGGGUGCCGACCAUCAUUGCUGCAGCGACAGGGACGCCUGUCAUCAACGUUGCCCUCGGCUUCGACACGUAUGUGGUAAUGCGUCACGGCGUGCCGGUGCAGACCUCCCGCUCCAACGCUGUAGGGGAGGACGACUGCCGUGACACACUUCGCACCCCCUUGGGAUGCUACUUUUGCAGCGACAUCAUAGCACCCACAGACAGCCUCAGCUUCCGUGCGCUGGAUGAGCAAUGCACGGUUACUCGACCAGCGGUAUCGUCCAUUGCGUCGGCAAUCGCGGUCGAUCUGUUGGCCGAGUUGUAUCAGCACCCCAGUGGCUUUCGGUGCCCAGCCUAUCGUGAGGCCGCCACCGGUGAAAGUGAUCAGGGGCGGUGCCGCCUCGGGGUCAUCCCGCAGCAGAUCCGCGGCAGCGUCUUCUCACACACGAUGCACCACCUGUGUGGUGAGCGGAACCCUUUCUGCACUGCCUGCGCCGACGCGCUUUUGCGUGCGUACAAGGAGGGAGGGAGCGAGUUUCUCCUGCGGUGCGUCAACAGUCCAUCGUUUAUAGAAGAGGUCUGUGGGGUAAAGGCGCUGAAGGCAAAGUGGGAGGCGGACAUGGACGCGACAGGCUGGAGCUCUGACGAGGAGUGGGCUGACUAG